UCCGUUUACGAUUAUGGCUCCAAUUUCUGCAUUAUCUAUAUAUAUAUAUAUAUAUAUUGCGUCUAUAAUGCAGUGAGAUCGCACUCUACUCAUUCGGAUUAAAAAUGUUUUUUAAUUUCACAGCUGUUGGAUUUGAACUUUGGAUCUGGACAGCUGAAAUGGAAGGUGGGCUCGCAUGUGAAAUUUUUGACAAAUCUCCCCUUCCCGCUCGCAAAACACCACACCAGGUUGUAAAUCUUCACUAGCACCAGCUCUCUGAUUCUCUGCACCGGCUCAUACAAAAUCCAAUUCCUUUCCCCUGCUUGCUUGAGAAACUCAGACCACCAUCUCUUCUACUCUUAUCCCCUUUUUGAUUCCCACAACAGCAUAGGCCAACUUUCACCACUAUCACUAUCAGCUUGUUGUGAACAGAACCAGGGGUCAAGCAUUUCAAGGUUUGGCAAGAAUUUUACACGUGAACACACCUUCAAUUUCAGUUGUCCAGAACCAAAAUUCAAAUCUAACGACUGUGAAAUUAAAAAACAUUUUUGAUCCGGAUAGAUGGAGUGCGGUCUUACCGCAUUGUAAACGCAUUAUAUAUAUAAAUAUAUAUAAGCUCUCAGCUUCUAAUGUAGUUUUAGACAUAUUCGUCCUUUUAAAAUUUUUAGAGGGCAAAAACAGUCAUUUUACAAUAAAGGGAAAAAGACCCAAAAAAAAAAAAUAAAAAUAAAAAAAAAGGGCAGUAAAAAGGAUUUCUCGGAAAGGUCACAAUCACUCGCAUUUCUCAUUUCUCUCACUACCAAAGAGAAGGGGAAAAAGGCGCUUUCACUAUCAGUAUACAAUGCGUGAGUGAGCAAGCGAGUGAGUGAGUGAGAAAGAACCCAUUGCUCACAGUGUUCAGUUCAGUGCUUUCAGAGCAGUUGCUUUAAGAGCAAAGGGGUUUAGGGUUUAGUCUCUGGUCGAGCUCACUAUUUUUAUUCUAAUGGGGGCGUCAUCAGAUGCAAAGGAAGAUAUUGCCAUGAGUAGUAAGGGAGAAAAGGUUUAUAAUGGAGUUGAUAUGGAUUUUGAUGAUGAUGAAGAUGAUGAUGAUGAAUUUAUUGAACCCACUGGCAUAGAGGAUCUGGGGGAGGAUAUGAGGGAAGAUCUGAAAAAAUUUUGCAAGGAGGCAUCAAUACAGUUCUUCAAUGAAUAUGGCCUCAUUAGUCACCAGAUCAACUCCUACAAUUAUUUUAUCAGUAAUGGUAUACAAAGGGUCUUUGAUUCUUUUGGUGAAAUGAUAGUGGAGCCUGGAUAUGAUCCAUCGAAGAAGGGGGAAAAUGGGUGGCGAUUUGCUUCAGUGAGAUUUGGGAAAGUGACCCUCGAUAAGCCAACUUUUUGGGGUGGCUUAGGAGAUGGGAAGGAGCUGGAUAUGCUACCUAGGCAUGCUCGGCUUCAGAACAUGACUUACGCAUCGAAGAUAAAAGUGAACACUCACAUCCAGGUAUAUAGUAAAAAGCUUGUAAGAAGUGACAAGUUUAAAACGGGAAAAGAACAAUACGUAGACAGAGAGAUUAUCACUGACGAAAACAGGGACAUUUUAAUUGGGAGGAUCCCUGUGAUGGUGAAGUCUGACCUCUGUUGGAUGAAGGGGGUUGAGAAAGGUGACUGUGAUUUUGAUCAUGGAGGCUACUUUUUGAUCAAGGGUGCAGAGAAGACAUUUAUUGCACAGGAGCAGAUCUGUAAGAAAAGACUUUGGAUCUCAAAUAACCAACCUCUUCAAGUCGCUUACCAAUCGGAACUCAAGAGGAAUAGGUUAAUCAUAAGGUUAGCCAGUGACGCUAGUAGAGGUGGUGAGAAGGUGCUGACUGUAUAUUUUUUGUCUACUGAGAUCCCUGUGUGGAUCUUGUUCUUUUCUCUAGGCAUUUCAUGUGAUAGAGAGGUCAUGGAUCUGAUUGAUUAUGAAAAUCCUGAUGCAAGUAUAUCAAAUAUACUUUUCGCAUCAAUCCACGACGCCAAUGAAAACUGCGAACACUUUCGUGGAGGAAAGAAUGCUCUCAGCUUUGUAGAUAAACGGAUAAAGAGAACUACAUUUCCACCUGGAGAAAAUAUUGAACAAUGCAUUGAAAAUUACUUGUUCCCUAAUCUGAAAGGUCUAAAGCAGAAGGCUCGUUUUUUGGGUUAUAUGGUGAAGUGUCUUCUGCAGGCUUUUAGUGGACGUAGAAAAUGUAACAAUAGAGAUGAUUUUAAGAAUAAAAGAUUAGACUUAGGUGGUGAGCUGCUUGAGCGCGAGUUAAAGGCGCAUCUUUCACAUGCCCGGAGGCGUAUGGCAAAGGCUUUGCAGAGGGAUCUUUAUGCCGAUCGAACUGUCCACCCUAUUGAACAUUAUCUGGAUGCCUCUAUAAUCACCAAUGGUCUUUCUAGAGCUUUCUCGACAGGAGCGUGGUGUCAUCCAUACAAACGGAUGGAAAGGAUUUCAGGGGUUGUGGCAACGGUUGGGCGUGCAAAUCCAUUGCAAACGAUGAUUGAUAUGAGAAGAACACGUCAACAGGUUCAGUACACUGGAAAGGUUGGAGAUGCUAGAUACCCGCAUCCUUCUCACUGGGGUAAGGUUUGCUUUCUUUCUACCCCCGAUGGUGAAAAUUGUGGUCUGGUGAAAAAUUUGGCUACCACAGGACUUGUAAGUACAAAUGUGUUGAAACCUAUACUUUCAGAAAUGUAUCAUUGCGGUAUGGAGAAAUUGGUAGAUGAUACUUUUACUAAACUUACUGGGAAGGAUAAAGUUUUCCUUAAUGGGGAAUGGGUUGGAGUUUGUGAUGAUUCACUCACAUUUGUUAUGGAAUUGAGGAGAGAGCGACGCAGAAAGAAGUUGCCACAUCAGGUGGAAAUCAAAAGAGAAGGACAGCAUGGAGAAGUACAUAUAUAUUCUGAUGCUGGAAGGAUUCUGCGUCCUCUUUUAGUAGUUGAGAAUUUGAGAAAGAUUAAAUCAUUGAAAGAGGGAAAGUACACCUUCCGAUGUCUUCUGGACAAGGGAAUAGUUGAGCUUAUUGGAGCUGAAGAAGAGGAAGACUGUCGGGUAGCAUGGGAUGUGAAAUAUCUUUUCAUGGAAGAUGGGGGGACAUCUCAAAUAAAGUAUACACACUGUGAGCUUGACAUGUCCUUCCUAUUAGGAUUAAGCUGUGGAAUAGUCCCCUUUGCUAAUCAUGACCAUGCAAGGAGGGUUCUUUAUCAAUCCCAGAAGCACUGUCAACAAGCAAUUGGGUUUUCUACCACAAAUCCCAAUAUAAGAGUGGAUACACUGUCUCAUCAGUUACACUACCCACAGAAACCACUCUUUCGGACAAUGACAUCUGAUUGUCUUGGAAAACCUCGAGCUCCAUUAGGUCACAAGGGAUUUAUGCCAAAGCCUGAAUUCUAUAAUGGCCAGAAUGCUAUUGUUGCUGUCAACGUUCACCUCGGCUAUAACCAAGAGGAUUCCAUAGUGAUGAACCGCUCUUCUUUGGAGCGUGGUAUGUUUCGAUCUGAGCACAUAAGGAGUUACAAGGCUGAGGUUGACAACAAGGAAUCUUCAGAUAAAAGGCGAAAGGCUGAUGAUUGUAUAAACUUUGGGAAGUUACAGAGUAAAAUUGGACGUGUUGAUAGCCUGGACGAUGAUGGUUUUCCUUUUGUUGGGGCCAAUUUACAGAGUGGGGAUAUCGUUAUUGGAAGGUGUGCUGAUUCAGGGGCUGAUCACAGCGUUAAAUUGAAGCAUACAGAGAGGGGAAGGGUUCAAAAGGUUGUGCUCUCCUCCAACGAUGAUGGAAAAAAUUUUGCUGUGGUAUCUCUGAGACAGGUUCGAAGUCCUUGUCUUGGAGACAAGUUCUCAAGCAUGCACGGGCAAAAGGGUGUUCUUGGCUUUUUGGAGUAUCAAGAGAAUUUCCCCUUUACAGUACAAGGGAUAGUUCCAGAUAUUGUCAUAAAUCCACAUGCAUUUCCAUCACGACAAACUCCUGGUCAACUUUUGGAGGCUGCUCUAGGGAAGGGGAUUGCCCUUGGUGGUUUGAUGAAACAUGCUACCCCUUUCUCCACUCUGUCUGUUGAUGAUAUCACAGCCCAGCUUCACAGGGCUGGAUUUUCUAAAUGGGGAAAUGAGAGAGUAUACAGUGGCUGUACCGGUGAAAUGAUCCGCUCUCUCAUAUUUAUGGGCCCAACAUUCUAUCAACGUCUGGUCCACAUGUCUGAAGACAAAGUAAAAUUUCGGAAUACUGGACCAGUACACCCUCUAACCAGGCAGCCAGUGGCAGAUAGAAAGCGCUUUGGCGGUGUCAAGUUUGGUGAGAUGGAGCGAGACUGCCUUCUUGCUCAUGGUGCAUCGGCAAACUUGCAUGAGCGCCUGUUUACUCUCAGUGAUUCCUCUCAGAUGUACAUUUGCCAGAAAUGCAAAAAUGUUGCUAAUGUCAUCCAACGAGCAUUGCCCGGUGGCCGUAAGAUUAGGGGUCCAUAUUGUCGGGCAUGCGAGUCUGUAGAUGACAUUGUCAAGGCCAAUGUACCGUAUGGGGCUAAGUUACUGUGCCAGGAGCUUUUUAGCAUGGGCAUCAGUCUAAAGUUCGAAACCCAGCUUUGUUGAGUUAAAAUUAUUGAAAGGUUUUCCUGCGAGUUAUUGGAAUUUCUAGUCUAUCUUUUGUCUGGUAUGACUUUGUUCAUAUUGCAAGUCUAACUAGUGACAUUGAGCGAUCUCAAUCAUGUAUAUAGAAAUUACGGAGAUAUUUUGCCGGUAAGAGAUAUAUCAUUUUACAAAGCUUUCUAA